GACUGGGUUACGAUGCAACGUAAAACCAUUUUGUUUGACAACAAUGUGCAUAGAACAAUCAUCCGGAUUCCAUGAAUGAUAUAAAGCUCGUAACUUAGCCUUAUGGCUGUGGAGUUGCGAUAAAAGUUCAGACUUCAGUAGUUCUUUGGACCAACAUGCAGGUUAACAAGUCUGGCAAUUCCAAAUUAGAAAAUAUUAUGUCCAAUACUAAAUCAGAUCUUAAUGGGCAAACGCUGAACAACUGCGAAUUAAAAUCACAUUUAGUCUGAAUAAAUUUAAUGUGAAUUGCCUUUUUUCGAGUUGUCGACUUUUCUUCCAGUUGAAAACUUUGCAACUUCCAGUGACCAAAUAGUUGGAAAUGAUCUCUACUAACUUGUAUAAAAACAUUGAUCUAUCCAGAAAACGUGAACAACAAAUCGAUACGUUAAAAGUUUUUAAUGAAAAUGUUACAGAAAUUAGUUUCAAUAAAGAAUACUCUGUUGAAUUUCCCACUAAAGCUGGAAAUUUGAGCCUGUUUAUUGAAUUAGGUCCAGAAUUUCCUUUUGAGAAGCCCACUAUGAAAAUAUGUCCUAGAAUUACUCAUAAAUGGGUGGAUGCUUCUGGUCAAAUAGUGCUAGCUCCUGGAUUAAUGAAUUAUACUAUUCACUCCGAUUUGGGAAGAGUAGUACAAGUGAUAAGAAGAGAGUUUGAAUUAGACCAAUCACUUACACUUGCAAAUAGUGGUUCAGACGGAUUUUCAGGAAAUAUCAACAUUGGUUGCCUAAAAAAUGCAAUUACCUCUCUUAGUAAUGACGCGGAAUUUUUUAGUCUUGCCAAACUAACGUCAGCUGAAUUACUACGUUUAAAUAAUAAUGUUGACUGCCUAGAUGAAUUUAUAUCAGAAUUACCAUCAAUAGAAGCAUCUAAUAAAAACAUUGAAAAUGCCAUCACUAAAAUAAUGGACUUAGCAAACUCAAACAUGUCUAAGGAAGAACCAAUAUGUAAUUUAAAAUCAGAAAUAUCAAAACAAUUAGAAACAAUAGAAACUUAUCAAAAAUCAUAUGCUGAACACUCAGCAACGUAUGUUAAAUUAUCAGAGAAAUAUUCUCCACAAUCAAUCUCGGAUAAUUUAAAAAAAGCUGCAAUAAAAUGUGAUGAGGAAAGUGAACGAAUAGCAGAACAGUUUUUAAAUGGCGAAAUAGAUUGUGAUAAAUUUCUUCAUGUGUAUGUGAAAUCAAGAACUAUGUCUUAUACAAGGAAGGCAAAAGAAGACAGAUUGAAUUAUCAGUUAAAACAACUAAAAGAGGCUGGAUUUUAAAUAUUAUUCAUUUUAUAACAAAAAAAUGUUAUCAAAUUUAUUAUAUUUGUUUGCAUUUAGUGCAAUAUCAAAUUCAGUUAACCCAAUUUUUUCAACGCUUUACUUUGUUGAUAUCAUUCCGUGUUAUGUUGAAGCCUUUAAAAAGCUCAAUACUUAUGAAAUCAUUAUGUGAUUUGAACUCUUCUAAAAGACUUAUCCUAUUGAUUUUUGAAUAAUAAUUUAUAUAAUAGUUGUUUUAUAAUAUUCUAUUCAAUAUUACACAAAAAUAUUUUUAAAUGUAAACUUGGAGUAUUUAAUGAUUGUCCAAUAUUUUUUUUUUAUUAGUUAUUUUAAAUUAUAUGUUUUAUAAAAUAUUGACUUUAAAAGAUUUUUUAACUUCCUGAUUUGAAAUUAACGUUAUAACAUCAUUAUCUUGGUUGUAAGUUAUCUUAGUGAUCAUAUCAAGUGUAAAUAACUAAAACAGCAAUAUAUAAUAAUAUGUAUAAUAACUAUAUAUAAUAUAUAUAUAUAGUUCAAAUGUCAGUGUAUUAUGCAUUAAGAUAACAAAGAAAAAAUACAUGCUUCAAAUGCAUGUUACUUUAGAUUAUAAUUAUUAGCGACCAUGAGAAUUGAAAAUGCAUUGAUGUAAAUACGUUAUAAUUAAUUUCAAUAAGAUAACUGUUUUGUUUAACACUUCUGAUAAAAUAGGAAAAAGACAGUAAUAAAUCAAAUUAUACGAGCAAUAAUAACACACAUUUGAAGUGUGCCAAGUAUUAUGUUCUAUAUUUAACAUUCUUAUAAAUAAUCAACACUAUACCACUCGUCAACAUAAUGUAACUAAACAAUAAAAUUUUCAUUGAAAUCGUGAAAAUAUAAAUGAUAAAAUAUAUAAAAAAAAAACAAUUC